GUAAAAUUUUACAACAAAUCAAAACAAUGUAGUACAGUGACAAAAUGACCAUUGCAAUUGGUUUUGAAGGUAGCGCCAACAAGCUUGGUAUUGGAAUUAUCAAUGAUGGUGUUGUGUUAUCCAAUGUUAGACAUACCUAUAUAACCCCUCCUGGUGAAGGAUUCCUUCCUAGAGAUACAGCGAAACAUCAUCAAAAACAUAUACUAGAUGUGCUUCAAAAAGCUCUUGAAGAUGCAAAAAUUAAACCACAAGAUAUAGAUUGCGUUUGCUUCACAAAAGGUCCUGGCAUGGGAGCACCUUUGGUUUCAACAGCUGUUGUAGCAUGUACUGUUGCACAGCUAUGGAACAAACCUUUAGUAGCUGUCAAUCACUGCAUUGGUCAUAUUGAAAUGGGACGUUUGAUCACAGGUGCUGAUAAUCCUGUAGUUUUAUAUGUCAGUGGAGGAAACACUCAGGUGAUUGCUUAUUUGAAGAAUCGAUACCGUAUAUUUGGUGAAACAAUCGAUAUGGCAAUUGGAAACUGUCUGGACAGAUUUGCCCGAGUACUAAAACUUUCAAAUGAUCCAAGUCCUGGUUAUAACAUCGAGCAGUUGGCGAAAAAAGGUACAAAGUACAUAGAACUUCCUUAUACUGUAAAAGGGAUGGAUGUGAGCUUUUCUGGCAUUUUAUCUUUUAUUGAGUCUGCAGCACAUCGGAUGCUGAAGAAAGGAGAAUGUACGAAAGAAGAUUUGUGUUUCUCACUACAGGAAACCUUAUUCGCAAUGUUAAUUGAAAUAACAGAGAGAGCGAUGGCUCACUGUGGAUCGUCUGAAGUUCUCAUCGUCGGAGGGGUGGGCUGUAACAAAAGACUUCAAGAAAUGAUGGGAAUCAUGGCAAAGGAACGUAAUGCAACAUUAUUCGCUACUGAUGAACGAUUUUGUAUCGACAACGGAGUAAUGAUUGCGCAAGCUGGUUGGGAGAUGUUUCGUGCUGGUCAUGUGACACCCAUCGAAGACACGUGGUGUACACAAAGGUAUCGCACAGACGAUGUGUAUGUUAAUUGGCGAAGUUAAGACUAUCACAAGAGUAUAAAACAAUCUCUCUCCUGGCGUUUAAAUCCAGGUAUUUAAAAGUGAAAGAACUUGUAAUUUAAAUAAGAAAUACACAUCAAACUCACUGAU